CACACUCCUAUACACACACACACACACACAUAUUCUCCUCUCUCUCGUAAUAUAAAACCCACAAACUAACUGCACCACACGACACGCUACCUUUCCUCUCUCUCUCUCUCUCUCUCUCUGAACACAAUGGCUCUAAUGGUUGAUAAUUGCGAAGGAGUUUUGGUGUCCUUGGACUCCCAUAAGCCAAUCCCAGCUCCCUUUCUCACUAAAACAUACCAGCUCGUCGACGAUCCCUCCACUGACCAUAUUGUCUCAUGGGGCGAAGAUGAUACCACCUUCGUUGUUUGGCGUCCUCCUGAAUUCGCUAGAGAUCUCCUUCCUAAUUAUUUCAAGCACAACAAUUUCUCUAGCUUUGUCCGCCAGCUCAACACCUAUGGGUUUAGAAAAAUUGUGCCGGACAGAUGGGAAUUUGCGAACGACUUCUUCAGAAAAGGAGAUAAACAUUUGUUAUGUGAAAUCCAUAGACGCAAAACCGCUCAGCCACAACUCCACCAAUCUCUUUCUCCACUUGCUCUCAAUAAUCCAGGCUUUUACCACUUCCAUGGCCGUGGCAGCAUCUCGCCCUCCGACUCCGACGACCAAAAUAAUUGGUGUGACUCGCCGCCGCUCUCCUCCUCUGGCACUAACAACAACAACAACAACAACAACUCUGUCACCGCCCUGUCGGAGGACAACGAGCGGCUUCGGCGAAGCAAUAACAUGCUGAUGUCGGAAUUAGCCCACAUGAAAAAACUCUACAACGACAUCAUCUAUUUCGUUCAAAACCACGUGAAGCCCGUCGCCCCAAGUAAUUCAUAUCAAUACUCAACCUUUCCAGUGGUGCAACGGCAGCCGAACCACCAUCUUGUCGGGUACAAUAAUCCCACAAAUGCGAAACAAGUUUCGGGUCAGACCCAUUUGGUGACUGGAAUUCCAAAUAAUAAUAACAAAAACAACAAAAGCUUCGUGAGGAUUGUAGAAGAGCAACAAAAAACGAAGCUUUUUGGAGUGGCGAUUCAUUCGAAGAAACGGCUGCAUCCGGAGUAUGCUUCUAAUAAUAUUGGGAAAGAGAACAACAACAAGGCUCGAUUCGUGUUGGAGAAAGAUGAUUUAGGGCUGAAUCUCAUGCCCCCUUCCGCUUGUUAGUUCUACUUUCCUCCCCUAUUCCUCCAAUUCCUUCCAUUGACAGCGAAAAAAAGGGGUUAUUUUUCUUGUUUUCUUUUCCUUUUCUUUUUUUUUUUUUUUUAUGGGAAAUUUUGUUACUCUCUCUUACAAAUCCCAGAGGGGUUCAUUUUCCAGUGCUGCAUUCAUCAUAACUGAAUUAGAAUAUGUGUAAGUUUGUAUGUAUAUAACCCUCAGUCACGCUAUUGCUGUCU